UUAUUUUCCUGUGUCAUGUGCUGGCCCUUGCUUUCAUCAAGUGAGCCCUAAACUCUUCCUUCAGAAAGCCUUCCCAGGAUGAGGCUGUGCGAUGUGAUGCUAGGAAUUCAACCCAACACAUUGUUUAUGGAAAAGCUCUGUCACGAUGGAUGCUGAGGAUACAUACAGGGUUAUCUACAAGAGAGACGGUCUUCACAUGGUUCCAUGUAGGUGGGACAAAAGCCAGGCCUUCCAUAAAUCACCAGUUCCAGUUAUGAUUCUCUAAGUUACCACAAGACUGAACAUUUGUGUCUAUGGAUCUGCUCUGACUCUUAGAGCCGCUUAUGGGGGAAGGUGACACCAUCUGGGCCCCAUCUAUCCUUCCUCUCGGCACCCUUGGCACCUUCAGCCACCACCUCCAGACGCAUUUUGGGAGAAAGAUGGAGUCCAAGGUCUCAGAAGGUGGCCUGAACGUGACCCUGACAAUCCGUCUGUUGAUGCAUGGAAAGGAAGUUGGAAGCAUCAUCGGGAAGAAAGGAGAAACUGUGAAAAAGAUGCGUGAAGAGAGUGGUGCCCGUAUCAACAUCUCAGAGGGAAACUGUCCAGAAAGAAUCGUGACCAUCACAGGCCCAACUGAUGCCAUCUUCAAGGCCUUCGCUAUGAUCGCCUAUAAGUUUGAGGAGGACAUCAUCAACUCCAUGAGCAACAGUCCUGCCACCAGCAAGCCCCCGGUGACGCUGAGGUUGGUGGUCCCCGCCAGCCAGUGCGGCUCCCUGAUUGGCAAAGGCGGUUCCAAGAUCAAGGAGAUCAGGGAGUCCACAGGUGCCCAGGUCCAGGUGGCUGGGGACAUGCUGCCCAACUCCACGGAGCGGGCAGUGACCAUCUCAGGGACUCCUGACGCCAUCAUCCAGUGUGUCAAGCAGAUCUGUGUGGUCAUGCUGGAGUCCCCACCGAAAGGUGCCACCAUUCCCUACCGCCCAAAGCCCGCCUCCACCCCUGUCAUUUUUGCAGGUGGUCAGGUAAGAGCCGACCCGCUCGCGGCCUCCACUGCCAACCUCAGCCUUUUACUGCAGCCCCCGCCGCUGCCCGCCUACACGAUCCAGGGACAGUACGCCAUCCCACACCCAGAUGUGACCAGGCUCCACCACUUGGGGCCUGAGAGGCGGCAGGGAUGUAGUGGACACAGGUCUUCCUCUGAGCAUCCUCAUCAGCAUGAGGGCAGCAGGUGGCCAGUAGACAAGGUAAGUGCCUUAGAAAGCAAUAGAAGCCUGUGAUGAGAAAGACCCAGUGAUGAGGAGGGCAUCAGAAGUGCAAGGUUAAAUGUGUGGCAAGGUGGACCCAAGAAGCUUCAGCCCAGGUGGGCCUGGAUUGAGAAUAGCAGGUGGAGGGGCGGCUGGAGCCAGGGUUGGGCACCUGAGCUCUGGUGCAGGUAACACGAUGACAGGGCUCUGGAGGCUGCAGGCACUGCUGAAAGAUGGGGCCAGGACUGGGAGAGUGGGUUCUGGAGGCAUUUUGAAGGAAGGAUCAACAGGAUUCCUGACAUAAGAUGUGGGCUGUGAAAGAAAGGGCCUCGGUGGGCAGAAGGCUCUCAAUCUAAGCUCUGGAGAGGCUCGGGAAGGUGGGGGAAGGUCUGGGACAGGUUGUGGUUGAGAUAUGCCAGUCCACCAUGGAGAUAGGAGCUCUGAGGUAUGAUGAGCCUGUUGGGUGGCAGCAGGAGCAAUGUGGGGAGGGCUGAGGGGGCUCCACGCAGUAAACCCAGUAGGAGUCAGCACAGGGGGCUGUGCCCAGAUGGGAUGAUCCUGUGCCAGGCAGGCCAUCUGCCUCACAUGAUGCCCAGCACUCUGAGGAGCUGAGCCCCCAGACCACAGUGAGGAGGUGUUGUCAGAGCAGGCUCAUCCUCGAGAGUCUACAAAUAAAACGGCUAUGAACAUUCAUGUACCAGAUUGUGUGGACAUAGUAUUCCAUUUCUUGUGGGCAGAUACCUAGGAGUGAAAUGGCUGGGUCAUUUGAUAGGUGUAUGUUUAACUUUUUAAGAAACUUCUCACCUGUUUUCUACAGUGGUUGUACCAUCCUCCUUUCCCCUCACAUGUGGGAGUGCCCGUUCUCCCAUACCCUCAGCAACAUCUGCUAGCUCAGUCUCUAAUUCUAGCCAUCUCAGUAGGUAUGAAAUGGCAUCUCCUUGUUUUAAUUUGCAUUUCCUGUGACUAACGAUGUUGGCCAUUUUCUCAUGUGCUUAUUUGCCA